GCAAAAUUUGAAAUCUUGGUGAACAGUCUAUGAUAGAAAAUCACCAAAAUGACUUACCAUCUCAUAUCUUGAGUCCAAUCAUUGUUAUUGUCAUCCAUUGCGAACCUCCAGUCAUAAUCACGCCUCAUUACUGAUCAUCAACUGGAUCUAAAUUUCAGCUCUACACACGAGGGUGGGAGGUUUCCUGGGGGGCAGCUGUUUCCUGAAGUGUGCCAAAUCCCUUUGGAGAAUCAUUUGCUGGCUGCUGGUGGGAUGAAUGUCAUUCACACUCAACUCUGCUCUCCAGAGCUUUCCCACACUCCGUCCAUUAGCAGAAAAUAGGCAUGUGCCCCCCUACAAAUGGACUUUCUGAGGAUCCUGUACACAAGCAGUUUCCUGCUCCUGAGGGUAGAGACUGGGCCCCAUCAAAAAAAGAAUCAUCCAUUAAAGUAAAAAGUGGGUACUUAAGCAAUAUGUGAAAAUUUAGAAUGAAGUACUUCACAUUUUAGACACACGAUUAAUUAAUUAAUAUUGUAAAAUGCUAAAACAUCAUGUCUGUGUAAUGAGUCGGGGUCUGAACAUCAGGGCGGAACGUGUCAUUAUUUGAUUUUGUCCCCUCAGGUCAUAAUUAAUAUGACAGGAAGUAUACUGGAUAACACCUCACGCGCCAAAAUUAAGAUUGCUAACUCUUGUCAAAAAUUAACAGUAGAAGCCGGUCUUUAAAACUACUUGUGACUCAAAGUUUACACGAGUAGUAGGGAGGCCAGAUAGUACAGCACCUGAGGAAAUGUUAGGGGACGAGGCGUGUAACAAGUGAAGAAACUCAGGACAGUGACAGGAAGCCAACACCUCAGCGGUUAACGUUAGCUAACGGCUAACGUUGGUCCAGGACAGUCUGUUAGCCCAGCUCGUCUAUCUCCAAAAGACUGGAUCUGAGGUUCUCCGUUGGGACUCCAACCACCAUGCGGAUGCUGUUUGGACUAACAAACCAAAGGAAGUCUCUCUAAAACUUUAGUCUGUCUGUUUAUACAAAAGCCAGAAGAACAGAGAUCGGUUCGCAUCUAAAAAUCGUUUCAGCCGUUAACGGAUUUAACGGACAUUUUCACUGAACAUUGAUGGACCAUGCUUGGCCUUUGAGAGAAACCGGUGCAGUUGUGACUGAAAGGAUAUUAUUCUCAGACAUUUCACCACCGACCCUCGUCCCUAAGUUUCAGAGCAUGAACUUCCCCCCCACCAAGCGCCUCCGAGGCCUGAACCAGGAUGUAGCAACAGCAGUGGACGUUGAUGACCCAUUUGGAGAUGACGAGUACUUCACCCAGGACGACUUGGAUGAGAUUGAUGUCAUCGCCUCGCAGGCCAUCACCUCAGCCGCUGCAUCUGGGCUUGGGUCUAAACCAGGAACCAAACCGAUGGAGCUGGCCCGCGGGUCCGCCUGGCCGCUGUCUGCAGGGCAGAGCAAAUCUGUGAGCAGAGCCACAACCAAUCAGAGCAGAGAGAACACGUUUGGGUUCAGCAUCAGCAACAGAGGGAAUGCUGGGAUACCAAGCAGAGAGCCUCUCUGUAACAAGCGGCUGCAGUUUGGGUCAGACAGAGAAGACCCCUACAGUCUGCUCGAGGCUCAGCAUGCAGAGCUAAAGAGGAAGCUGAAGGAGGUGGAGGAGGAGAUUGUGUUGAAGAGCGGGGAGAUCCGGGUCCUGAGAGACUCUCUGAAAGGAGCUCAGCAGGAGAAGGAGGCCCAGAGAGAAAACCAGAUUCUGCUGGAGACUCAGAGACAGAAAGAGCAGAGCGACAGGGAGAAGGAGCUCAACAAGAAGGUUCAGUCUUUGCAGUCAGAGCUGCAGUUUAAAGAAGCAGAGAUCAUUGAGAUAAAGACCAAACUGCACAGUUCAGACAGAAACAAGACGGCCUCUCCACUGACUAGAAGCAGUCCUAAAGUGCUGAACUGUGUCACCCAGUUGCAUCAUGGGAGCUCCGGCAGCAGCUCCUCCUCUCCAACAGGGAAUGGUUUCAUGACCAAAGAGACGUUUGGAGCUCAUGUCCCAUCCAGAACGACACCGGGGAAGACGCCGCUGAAGACACGGAGAGACGGUGGGGACAGAGGGGCAUCCAGCAGCAGAUCUGGUGACAGACAGGAAGUGUCUCGCCCAGACCCCUUCCUGUCCGUCAGACCUGCACACCUGCAGCACCGAGGUAGCGUCCUGCUUGGGUUGUUGCUGCAGCAGCCUCUGUCUCCCAGCAGCCUCGGCCUCUCUCACCUGCUGUCUAUGAGUCUGACUGACAUCCACCUGACAUCCAGCGGGCUGUCAGCAUAUUUACUGCUCCACUCUGAUGCUGCAGCCACUGUCAGUGGCGGUGGAGGCGGAGUUCCCAGAGCUGCUCUAAGUCCUGUCCAGAGUCUGGCUGUAACUGGACUCAACAUGCUGAGUCAGAGCCGACCAGAAGCUGCAUCCAGCAGCAGAAACAAAAGGUCGUGUCCUGGAGCUGUCCUCCUCCUCCCUCUGUUGGAGCUUCACCUGUCUCGGCUCUGUCAGGCUCUGGACUCACUCCGCUCCACCUCUGCUGGUGGUUCAAACUCUACCGAUGCAAGCUCGCUCCCAGUAGGCUGUGCUGAUCCCGCUGCUGGGCUAGGGAGACCCGACGACACUGGUUUGACUGGUUUCAGUGUGGAGGACACUGGUUUGGCUGCUCUGAGGCUCCUCUACCUGGUGCUGGCCCACAGUGACGAGGUGGUGGAGGCCGUGUUGUCAAAGGAGAGUCAGAGUGGAGUUACUGACAAGAAGAUUGAGAGCUCUGCUGCAGGUGUGGGUCUGUGCUCCCAGAAUGCCUUGCUGCAGGCAGUGUUGCAGCUCUGUGAAGCGGGGCUAGGCGGCAGCGGCGGCGGUGGCUCACAGAUGGAGGAGCUUGUCCUCAAUGCAAUGAAGACCCUGUGUGUCCUAAUUGAGAGGACGCCAGACACGCACGCCGACAGGUUGCAGUGUGUGUUGCAGGUGGUGUGUGUGUGUUUGUCCACAGACAGCAGGUUGAAGACAGUUUCAGAGUGUGUGUCUGUCCUCACGUCCAUGUCCGACCACCAGACACUAGCUCAGCAGCUCUGCGCUCAGCAUGACCCCUGUGUUUUGCUGAAAUUGUUCCAGUUCAUCAGAACCAGACCAGACAACCAGGCAACACACACAGACUGGAUUCUGCUGGACCUGCAGGUGGUUCGUUUGCUGAGCAGACUGAUGACUCAGAGAGCAGAGAGCACAGAUCAGCACAGCACCUGUCAAUGUUGCACUGAGUUGGUUCAGACAGUUGUGAUUGUUUUCCAUCGUCAGUGGUUGGAUCUUCGUGGUUCUCAGGAGCCGACAGACUCAACAGGCCUGGCCCUGCCCCUGCAGCAGUGCUCUGCCCCCUCGUUGCCAUGGUGGCGCAGCCCGGCGGCGUCUCUGCUCAGAGAGUGUCUGCUGCUGCUGCACUGGCUGCUGCUGCAUCACGGCAGCUUCUCAGAGAGCUGCAGGCCGCUGCUGCACAUGUAUGACCAGGUGAUCCCUGCUGUACGAGACACGCUGAGGAAGAUCCCCGAGCUGAGCGAGAGCGAGGAGCUGGCGUUGGAGGAGAUCUGCCGCUCGGAGGGCGAUGACACUGAUGACAUGGACACUGAUGCUGGCUCCUGAUUGGCUGCUGCCACGGACUCCACCAGUGACCAAUGAGCAGACAUGUGGGACAGUUUACUGACUGUUGAUUGGAAACUUUGGAAACAGACAACUUUGGCUUCUGUCAAAGUUUUCUGCGAUGAAGUGGAUGUUGGAGCGAAACAAAGGAUUAGAUUCAGACUGAAGUGAUGGGCAGAGUCACAGGAUUUAUUCUGCCGCCUGAUGCAAUUUAACAAUAAAACAAGAAGGUGAGAUAAA